GCAGAGGAGGCUGCACGCUGUUUUUCAAAGGGACAAAACCCGUAACAUUCACUGAAUAGAAAUUGUAAUAGUGUAACCACACUUUUACACGUUAUAAAACAAAAUAUUGAUGACUAUUGAAAAACACGCGGUUUCAGCAGUUUGGAGGGGGUGCUGCUGAAGUCACCAUGUGGAACCAUUCUAAUUUGUAAGAGACCAACGGAGCGCUGACGUGCAAGAAAACGGGAAAGUUACGGACGUGAGCAGGAUGUCUGCGGAUGAGGGGGCUCAUGCCCACGUCAGGUCCGGGGAUGCUCCCAUGUACGUGUAUGAGUCGACGGUGCACUGUGCCAACGUGCUGCUGAGUCUGGAGGACCAGCGACGGCAGGACAUCCUGUGUGAUGUGACGGUGGUGGUGGAGGGGACGGAGAUCAGGGCCCACAGGGCCGUCCUGGCAGCCAGCAGCAGAUACUUCCUACAGGUGCUGCUGGGACACACACACCCCGAGCAGGAGCCAAUCAUCAGCCUGUCUGACAAGGUCACAGCCAGGGGGUUUGCCCCGCUGCUACAGUUUGCCUACACAGCCAAGCUGGUUCUGAGCAAAGAGAACAUCCAUGAGGUGAUCCGCUGUGCUGACUUCCUGGGCGUUCACAACCUAGAGGACUCCUGCUUCCGCUUUCUGCAGGCCCAGCUGCACAGCGACACCGAUGAUCACAACAAUGGCCUUCUCUGCCGCAAGGAGCACACCGAUGACCUCAUCACAGAGAUGGACGGUAGUGGUGGUUCCGCAUCGUCGGAGAAACUCAGGGUGACGUCAUCCUCAGCGUCGAGGCGGCGGCCCAAUCACUCAACCCUCACGUCCCUCACCAGCAGCCUGACCUCUGACCUCCCACGAUGCCCCAAAUACAGGAAGUACCAGCAGGCCUGCGCCAAGCACAGCGGAGAGAAUGACGACGAUGACAGCGUCACCUCAGCCGCCUCGUCACACUGCCAUACCUCAACCUCCCCAGGCCCUCUCUCAGAGACCAGCAGCACCCGUCAAGGGGGACAACCUCACCCCCUCUCCCCCUCCAGAAUCAAAGAGGAACCCCGCUCCUGGGGCGAGGGAGAGGGGAGUCCCCCAGGACUGUCAGAGGAUAGCCAGGAUGUCCUGGAGAUGGAGAUGUGGCCGGAGCCCUCAGAGCGUCCCCCCAGCAGAGGCUCACCAUCCUGCCUGAGCUCCUACCUCCAGAGGGGCCUCCUGGAUCUCAGUAACCCAGACAGCACUCUACCUACCACUCCUCUCACCCAGCAGCUACUGAACAACGAACUCUCAUUAGCCCAUAACAGGGAUAGGAACAGGGGGGCAUUUCAAGGUGAGGGUGGAAGGGACCUCAGGGCGGGGUCUGCAGGGACAGUGCAUUUGUCUGUGGAUGGUGUGACUAUGCAACCUCUGCCCUCAGACGGUCUCAGCAAGCAGGAAGUAGAGUUGGAUCGCCGUAGCAGCGUCAUCUUCUCCUCUGGAGUGUGCGACCGCCUGGGAACACCGUCUCAAUCCUACUGCGACCGGAAGUCUCUGGAAAAAGAUCUAUUGGAGAUCACAUCAAAAUCCCUGUGGACAGGUGUUAGUCAGUCCUUCCCCUGCCGCCAGCCUUACUCUCCCCUAUCCUCCUCCACCACCCUCACCACGGUCCUCCAGGACCCCCUGCCGACAGUGGCCUGCCGAGCGCAACCCACGACCAGCUGUCCUCUGCCCAUAAAGAUUUCCCCCCGCUCCCCUCCAUGCGAGCCCCGCACACGCACCUCCAGCUCCUGCUCAUCUUUCUCCUACCUGGAGGACGUGGGCAGCGGGGACUCGCCCUCCAACAUGCCCCAGUUUGAGUUCUCCUCCUCCCCAUGCUCUGUGUCGGGCUCUGGCCUGGCUCGCUGUCUGGUGGGGGAGCAGAGGGAGCACGGUGGGAUGGUGGUGGGGGAAGCCAUCUUCUCUCAGGGCCGUGCCAAGAUCAAGUGUGAACGUUCGUACGGGGCCAACUCCAGUGAUGAAUCUGGGUCCUUCUCAGAGGGAGACAGUGAGUCCGGCCCUGCCAGAGAGCCAGGCCCUGAGGUCAAACUUCCAUUCCCGGUGGAUCAGAUCACCAACCUUCCCCGUAAUGACUUCCAGAUCAUGAUAAAGAUGCACAAACUGACCUCAGAGCAGCUGGAGUUCAUUCACGACAUCCGGCGGCGCAGUAAGAACCGCAUCGCCGCCCAGCGCUGCCGCAAGAGGAAGCUAGACUGCAUCCAGAACCUGGAGGUGGAGAUACGCAAAUUGGUGCAUGAGAAGGAGAAGCUACUGAGUGAGAGGAACCAGCUGAAGGUGUGUAUGGGUGAGCUGUGGCAGAACCUCUCCUACCUGUCCCAGGCUGUGUCCCAGGAGGUGUGCAGGGAGGUGCAGGGGAACCCCGAGAAGACCAAAGCCCUGCUCCCUACACACAGGCCCAGCGAUCCCACCGCUGCCACCAACAGUAUCUCCAUCAUGGCCAGCAUCGACCUCACUUCCAACCCAAGCUCCCCAACCUCAGAGGGCAGCCUGGCCAAGUCACCCUGCUCCUAUGAAAGCCCUGUGGAGAGAGAUGUUGGCUCUGGGCAGAGGCUUAGGAGGGGGCAGGGCGGUGUGGAGACAGAGGUGUCUGUCCUGGGGCAGGAGGACCCGGAGUCUUCCCUAGAGCCUGGAGCAUCUCCGGGUGUGUGUAGCCCCACUGUUUCGGUGGAUUUCUGUCAAGAGAUGACUGAGAAAUGCACGACAGAAGAACAGCCCGGACAGGCCUGUACCUAGCUAGCAACGACUGAAUAGCUAGCAACCAUUAGUGUUUUUAUUGUUAUUAUGACACACAUCUCUACCUUGAUAUGUAUAAAAUUUGAAAUACAUUUGUUAUGCGUGUUUUUUAAAGGAUGACACUACAGUUGUCUUAUCAGCAAUACUGUUAAAACAGGUAUUUGGAGUUAUCAAACUCCUUAAGACAUAGCACUGGCAGCUUCCCCCUCUCUCUUUAUCUCUCCACCCAGCUAGCACAUUUAAUUCCUUGGAAGUUGUGGCAAUGUAUGUUUUUGGUUUCACAUUCAUUGUGGGAACGAAGGCAUACGUUUCCUGACCGGUAAAACUUAACGUUUUUUAAAUGAGAAUAGAAGGGAACAUUUUGCCUGUUCUGGGAAUGUUUAUUUUUAGGUUGCAGGGAAGUUAUGAUAACGUCUUACUAUGGUUCCUAGAACGUUUUCCUGGGAGAUUUUAUUAACGCUCUGAGAGCAGAAAUUAUAGGUUAUUUGGAGGUUUUUGAAUGACUUGCUUAAAACUUUCAUUAAGAUGUUUAAUAACACUGCUAGCUUAUUUUGUGUUAACUUUUUUGAACUCCAAGCACAGAUAAGAGACAUGGAAAUGUAUUUCCUUAGGCAUUAAUCAUGCAAACGCAAUUAUAUUUUAUUGUGACACGGCAUCAGUGAGAUUCAAACCUUUAGUCUUCUGUUCUCUAUCCAUGGAAUUAGUCCACUGCACCACCAGGAUGGAGCAAGCAUGCCAUGUUUUUUACACAUUCAAAACUGUUCAUUUUUGUCUAUUCAAACAGACCCCAUUUCAAGGAAAACAAGCACUCAUUAAGAUCAGGUGUGGCCGAUAAGUGGGUGCGGUUAACACACCUGAACACGCUUAACAAGAUAGAGGAUAGAGAGAGUUUUGUUGUUGCUGAGAACGGAAUGUAUAUAUAUAAAGUUUUCUUAACGUUUUCUGAACAAUUUGAGAACAUUACUUUAAAUGGAACCAUGAGGAAACCUGUAGGAAACGUUAUACUGAAGUACCGAAAUUCCCACAGAAGAACAUUGUUUCUUAACGUUCUCGGAACAAUUUGAGAACAUUCCCAAUGUCAAACCAGUUGGAGAAUGUUCCUAGAACAUUACCAAAAUUGAAAUUAAAUGUAACCACGUUGAACUUUUAGGAAAUGUUCUCUUAAAAGUAAUGAAAUACCAAUAAAAUAACUUAUUGUCAAGUUCCUUAAAUGUGCUGAGAAUGUUCCAAAGCCCAGCAAAUAUUAUGCACCAUAAUAGUACAAAGUACAUAAUAGUUACAACCUUUGGAAAGGUUGUAAGCAAAAUAACCAUAGGACAACCACACUCUCACCAAGCUCUAAGAAACAUAUGGUUCUCAGAACAUUAUGUGCUAGCUGGGUAUAUAUUUCUCUCUCUCUCUCUCUCCCUUACUCACUCCCUGGCUCUCAUCAUGGGAGGUUAAACUCAGGAAUUCCUCUGAAUGUUCAAUAAUGUCUCUGUAAAAAGCUAUUUCAUUACAAAUUGUACAUCUGAAGAGUUCUUCUGUACAGCUGAGAGUAGAAUUAACUCUCAUAUGCAAAGUUUCCUUCAGUUCUUAUUUCUCACUUUCUUUUCCCUGCAUACAUGUUGUUUUAUGAACAUUCCUCUUUUGCCUGUGACACACAGUAGCAUCUGUUGUGAAAGAAAGAAAGAAAUGCAGGAAUCAACAUACCGUAGCUAAAGAUGGAAAUGGAAAUAAAUAAAAAUGACCUGCACCAUUCAGCACCUCAAAGAGGUAACAUAUCCCUACCAAAUGCAUUGAAAUUGGCACUUAGAAAUGAAAACUCCCAAGCCAAGUACUUACUUAACUUAUAUUCAACAAAUAUUAAUGGUGUCAAAGACUAUCAUACUUAUCUGAAACAUAUUGCGCUUUUAGGGGUAGAAAUGUACCUUCCCACAUGUAGUGAAAAUGUAGUAAUUCGUCCUGAGGUAUUUCCACGUACAUUUAGUGUAAAUCAGAUGUAUUAAAGUAUUGGGACAUAAGUGGAAGUCACCACAUAUUCCUUGUUUGAUAAUCCAUAUAAAUUCUUAGAUAUAAGAGUGCAAUUUAUCCUCUAAACUUGUCCAGUAUUCCUAAUGGUGUAUUAUCAAGUGAAAUGUUAAAAACGAAUUCAAAGAGAUGCUUAGAUAGUUGUUGAUCCAUGGUAAUGCCAAAUGAUUCCAUUGUGGAAGAUAGUUCUGUAGCAUGUGUCAGGGUUAGCUUAGUGGUUUCUUUGUUGAUUUCUCUAGGAACUUUCAAAUGUCACAUUCGGGGAACCUCAUUGACAUCUGUUAGUUUUCCUCACAGUACAAAGUACCAAUGACAGAGCUCCACAGAAUGUACUGUUACUCUAACUACAUUGAAUAUACUUAGCACCCCAUUUUGAUAUUUUUGAAUUUAGAAAAGAAAUAUGAACAUGUUGUUAAAUUAAUUCAUUUUAACAAUGUUUCCUAUGAGGAUUAUUUGUUGGUACAAAUGUAAACUUCCUAAUAUUGAUUCUAGUGAUUUUUAAUGGUUGUUGUUUUUACUGACAAUUUGGAUGAAAGAGAAGUCUUUUGUGUGUUGUAUAAUUCACAAUGUCCUUAUUUAGUACAAAUUAAGCGAUGGUUUAAAAGAGGUGAAAGUGUUUACAAAUGUCUUUGUUACAUGUUUUCGUUUUUUAAGGAUUUUUCCAUGACAAGAGACUUUGUGUAAUUGGUUCGAUAAGUUCGAUUUUUUAAAAACUGUUUUUAAAAUGGAACAUAAAAUUGUACGUGGAUGAUGUGUUCACACAAGAUUUUAAAAGUACAUGUUUGACAAAUGCAGCUCCAAGUCUUGCCUUAGAGGUUUCAGAGGCCAAACUCAUGUGAAAGGGCCCGGAAGGUGUCAAGUUAAAACCAUACUGUAGGAAAAUAACAUUCUGUCCGUACCAUGAAAAAUGAUUGAUUUGAGUGCAAACUAAUUGUUUACUUGUUGGGGAAAAACAUAAUUGCAUUUUUCUUUUAAUGUGCAUUAACAAUGUUAUUUUUUCCACAGUAAAGGUUUGAUUGAAUCCCAACACUGGGAAUCCCAUCCCAGUGUAUGCGGAGGUCAUGCCUCGUUGGAACAUAAUGGACUCUCACACUUAUCUACCUGUAAAAUUCGGCAUACCUCUCGUUUUGGGUCUAGGACUGUAUUGUAGGAAUAAGUUGUAUGUGGUGUUGUUUCUAUUUUUACACAAACAGUGGUUAUUAUUGUAUUUGUAGAUUUCUGGUGAUCCAUUUUUUUAUGUGUAAUUUGAGUAAACUGCAAAACUGCAGAUUCAACUGUUUCGCUUUUCCCAUUUUAUCUUUGAAUGUUCAAAUUGCCUGAGUUUGCUAUAUUGUAAAUAGGGUGUAACUGUGUUUUUUGUUAAUUUGAUAUCCAAGUGUUUUGGAAGAAGAAACAAUGUUUUGUAAAGACAACAUUUCUGUUUAUGGAUUAAAACAAAUAGCAUGUGUCAA